UCUGAUUACUGUCACCACAGCUGUGCCGAUGCUUUAGGCAGGCUGUGCUCUGUUUUCUACAACGCACUCUCUUAUUUGCCUUUCGCAUCUUCCUUGACUGGGGUCUUCAGUUUUCCCCCCUCGAUAGCGCGAGAAAUAUCUCGCCAUAAGAACUUUUGAAAUGGCUGCCGAAAAGAAGAGUGGAAGUUCCCUGGAAAUCAUUAUUGUUGGAGCAGGAAUUGGAGGGCUUACCGCAGCUGUUGGAUUGCGCGAGCAGGGCCAUCGAGUCACAAUCUUUGAGAGGUCCCAGUUAGCCCAGGAAACCGGCGCUGCCAUCCACCUCGCCCCGAAUUGCCACGGCAUCCUCCGAAGGCUCGGCAUCUUCCCAGAGAGCUUUGGAGCCAACCCGCUGAACGGCAUUGUUGAAUACGACUAUCUCGGAACACUACGCAAGGACAUCGAUCUGACAGAGGCGUUGAAGAUAUGGCAACAUCCGUGGGUUCUCAGUCACCGUGUUCAACUGCACAACGAGUUGAAGAGGGUAGCCACUGCGGCAACAGGCAAGGGAUCACCGGCCGUUCUAAAGACGUCUAGCUGCGUCACUGAUGUCGACACAUCUACCGGGACCAUCACACUCGAAGACGGCUCCACCUUUUCCGGAGACCUCAUCAUUGGAGCAGAUGGCGUGAGCUCCGCGACGAGAAAGGCCCUUGUCGGCGACGACAUAAAGCCGUUCGGAUCCGGCAAGAGCGCCUUUCGUUUCUUGAUCCCCGGCCAAAAGGUCCGAGAGAAUGAGGUCACGAGGCCAUUUGCCUGCCGGGAGGGGCGCAUGAUCAUGUGGUUCGGAGUUGAUCGCCGGCUCGUCAUGUACCCGUGCUCCAACAACACGACAAUGAACUUCGUCGCCAUACACCCCAGCGAGCUUUCAGCUUCGAAAGGAGAUGGCUUCGAUCGAGGCGGUAGCAAGGAGACGCUUUUGGACAUCUACCGCGAGUUCGGACCCGCUGUUCAGGCCCUGCUCGGCAUGGUUGAGACCAGCUCCCUCAAAGUAUGGACGCUGCUUGACAUGGAACAGCUGCCUACUUGGACCAAAGGGAAGCUAGCCCUGGUCGGCGAUGCCGCUCACCCAUUCUUACCACAUCAGGGACAAGGAGGUGGGAUAGCUAUCGAGGAUGCAGCUUCGAUCUGCGCUCUUUUCCCGAGUGGCACCCCGAAGGAUGAGGUUGCAGCCCGACUAGCACUAUACGAAAAGAUAAGGAUGGAAAGAGCACAGAAGAUCCAAGAGUUCACUCGAUUUGCUGGGGCGGACCUAGAUGACGAAAGGAGAGGGAAAUUCAACAUUAUGGAAUUUACCAAUUACAACUUUGGGCAUGACGAGUGGCACAACACCACGCAGCAUCUAAAGCAAUGGCUCUGGUCGCGCAACGGCAGCCCCUACCUACGCCAACCUAUAUCCUUCGGGCCGAUGACCAGCCCAAGGCAGGACCACUACGGGCGACUAGUCCCUUCCCAGGACGCCAGGUUCACAACUCACUCGAUCCGGUUCAAGACAUCCACCACCUACCUCCAGACCCUAUUCCCGAGCACCGCCUUCAGCUUCGCCUAUCCGGGGACCAAGGCCGAGGCGACCUUCCUCUGCACGGAGCUGGACAACCUGGGCUGGCUCGGCGGCAGCGGAUACAACUUCUUCGGCCUCUGGAUCCACGGCGUCCAGUACACCAAGAGGGACGGCUCCACCCUCUUCGGGUCCUUCCUCCCCGUCCUCUUCGAGUCGCUGUCAGACCCGAUCACGACGGGGCGCGAGGAGCUCGGGAUGCCGAAGCUCUUCGCCGACAUCCGCGUCACCCGGAGCGAGAAGGCGUCGCGCAUAGUCUGCAGCUGGAGGGGCGCAACCUUUGUGGAUAUGGAGCUGGGCGGCCAAGACGAAGAACAAAAAGUGAGCAGCAGCCCGGUCAACGGCACCACCACCACGGAACCUCAGGCUGGGACUGGGACGACGAACCCCUUGACCCAACAGCAGCCCCCGGAUCACGGCCUCUUCAUCUACAGGUACGUCCCCGCCGUCGGGAAGAAGGGCGUGGCGGACGCCGAGUACGCCGUGUUCGUUAGCAAGGACAAGACGACGACGCCCCGGGUGGUGGAGAGGACGCUGCCGGCGCGGGCGGUGGAUUCUCGGAUCGACGUCCGGGCCGGCGAUUGGAAGUCCCUGCCCACUCUCCACCACGUCGCGUCUGCGUUGUCCGAGGUACCGGUCUACGAGAUCCUGGAGGCGAAGACGGAGGAGGGGCACGGGGUGGAGGAUCUGUCGCAGGCGGAGAGGAUUGAAUGA